AUGGCCAGUGAUAUCGCCGAGCUCAAGGCCGACUGCUCGAGCCCACGCAUCAGCCAGACCGUCUUGCCCUAUGAUGGUGAUUUUGGUGACUGCCAUGAGACUCACAGCAUGAAGCCCCGAGACGCCAGCGAGGAAAAGAAUCCUCGUUGUUGGAGUCCCGCCAAAAAGCGCCUACUGUUUACCGCUCUGAUCUCCAGCUCGCUUCUUGCGGAUGGAGGGAUGACAUGGGGUGCAACAUUGGUCGUAACCCAGGCUCUGCAGUGGAACAUUACUGUUAGCCACUCUGCAACCAGUUUGAAUUACGGUAUUCUUCUUCAAGGCUUCGGUGGUAUUGUAGCAGUACCGCUGAUAGAGGCCUAUGGAAGGCUUCCCGUGUGGUUCUGGAGCCAAGUCAUCACCAUGUUCAUGAUUCUUGGGGCAACACUAUCCAAUUCGUGGGGAGUAUUCACCAUCUUCCGAUCCCUUCAGGGUUUCUUUGGCACAGUUCCACAAGUCGUUGGCCUUCCUAUUAUUUAUGACAUGUACGCGCCAAAGGAGUGGCCACGCAUGAUUAACAUUUGGGGAACCACGUUCCUCGUGGGACCAUUCAUCGGCCCUGCACUGGCUGGAUAUAUUCUCGACGGAAGUCACAACCAAUGGGCCGUUUCCUUUGGGGUUUUGACAGCCCUCUACGGCGUCUCUACUCUGUUUAUAAUUUUAUUCGGAUACGAAACUUUCUACCUUGACCGAUCUGCUACAUUGCCCUAUCAGAAAUCAAUGCACACUCGACUACGCUCAUUUUUCGGCAUCGGAAAUACUCAUCUUCCUAAAUGGGAAACAUUGACAACGCAAUCAAAAGUCUUGUUAAAACUUGUUUUAAAGAUAUCUCUACUACUACCUGGAAUUGCCACGAUGAUUAAUUUUUGCUGGCCAAUUGGAAUCACGACGACCGUGGAUACGUUCUUGCAUUCUCCGCCAUAUUCUUUUGACACAGUCCAAGCAUCGUCGAUGCGUUUUGCUGGUGUCGUUGGCGCGCUCAGUGGUUACUUGUUUGGUUACUUCUUCAACGAAUGGAUUUAUAAUACCCACCAACGCCGCGAAAACACCCAGUCAGAUAAUGAUAGUGAACACCUCGAUUCUAUGGUAUCGUCCUCCUCCUGGCGUCCUGAAUACCGCCUCCAUGGCAUCUGGUUUCCCGUUGGUAGUCUAGCAGCUGGUCUGCUUACAUACGGUUUAACCCUAAAUUUUGGCAAGCAUUGGAUUGGUCUUGCGUUUGGUUGGAUUAUGGUAAAUCUCGGUAUGAUCGCUACCACUGUCGCCAUCACAGCCUAUGCUCUCGAAAAGUUCCCUUCGCAUUCCACUUCUGUCAGCGCAAUCAUCAACAUGUGGCGCACCUGCGGCGGCUUCUCCGUGGGAUAUUUUCAGUCUGCAUGGAUUUCGAGAAAUGGUUGUGGGGUGGUCUUUGGAAUCCAGGCUGCCAUUGUCGUAGCAGGCGCUUUAGUGACCAUCGUGCCAGUCAUGAUUCUAGCCAAGAGAAAGCAGAAUCAGGCUAUAGCCUAG